AUUUGAAAGUACUAUAUUAUGGAUAUAGAUAAAUUGAAUAAACAUUCGGUGAUGAAGGGAUUUGUGAUAUUUUUAUAUGUGAUAUUAGCUAUGAGUUUUGUGGACAGUAAAGGACAUUAUGGUCACUAUAUUAUGCAGCCUAUUCCACAAAGAAUAUGUUCAAACGAAUGCACGAAAUGGACACCAAAAGAAUGCUGGAAUGGUUACUUAAAAAGAAAAGAAUGGAAAAUGGUCUGCGAAAAACAGGAAAUAAAAUGUUGUCCCGGAUAUAAGGGUCCAAAUUGUGAAGAAGAAUGCUUUAACUGUGAUAAAAUAAACGUUAUUGAAAGAAGAUUUGUUGAAAUAUAUGGAAAAAUAAAAACUUUAGAAGACACAUGCACAAAUAGAACUGUUAUCAUAAAUGGCAGUACAAAUGGAGACACCGGUGGUAAAAUAACACAGAACUGCACAUGUCCGGCAGGACCACGUGGUUAUCGUGGACCUGAAGGUGAUGCUGGACCACCUGGUAUUCCGGGCAGACCAGGUGCCCAAGGACCUCAGGGACCAGCUGGCGAUCAAGGUCCUCCUGGUCCACCGGGGGCUCAGGGUUUGAAUGGCUUGCCCGGGCAAAAAGGUGAGAGAGGUUUAGUCGGACUACCUGGGUACAAAGGGGAACAAGGAGAGUUAGGUUCUCCAGGAUUGCCUGGUCGAGAUGGUAGGCCUGGACAAAAAGGGAACCCAGGACUUGAUGGUCUUACUGGACCACAAGGUCCGCCAGGUCAACCAGGGUUACCUGGCGCAGCGAGUGCCAAAGGUGAAAUUGGGCUGCCAGGUUUACCUGGACGUGAUGGAGCUAAAGGAGAGCCUGGUUAUCCUGGAGAUGGAGGACGUCCAGGGUUCGAUGGAAUACCAGGACCACAAGGAAGGAAGGGGGAGCGUGGAGAUGUUGGUCCUAAGGGAGACGUUGGUCUACCAGGUCUUCCAGGUGAAAGCGGUGACCCUGGAAUUCCAGGCAGUCCUGGACCUAUUGGCCCACCUGGGCUUGAUGGACGAUCGGGUCAAAAAGGAGCACCUGGGCUCCCUGGAAGUGAUGGCCGACCUGGUGAUAUAACAAAAAUUGAAGAGAGCAGAAUAAUCCAAGAAAUGCAAAACACUAUACAGAACCUCGUUACCAGACUGGAAACAACGACAAAAGAAGUUCUAGAGUUGAAACGUACGUGCAGCAAGGUCAUAAGUUGCCAGUUCAACUGCACGGCUGACAGUUUUAAAUGCAGCUGCGGGAUGUGUAUACCUCAGAAGUUCCGUUGUGACGGCUUCCCUCAAUGCCCAGAUGGAUCUGACGAGCUUGAAAGUGAUUGUGACUACAUCUGUUCUGAAGACGAAUUUAAGUGUGAAUCGUCGGGAUAUUGUAUACCACUCAACGAUAAGUGUAAUGGAAAAGCAGACUGUUCCGACGGAUCCGACGAAAGUGUCAAAAACUGCAAUAUAACUAUUAACUGUAAUGAAGGCAAUGUUCCAUGUAGGGAUGGGUCAAAGUGUGUAAGACGCGAGGAAAGAUGUGACCGGAAGGAAGAUUGUCCGGACGGAAGUGACGAGGAAAAUUGUCUUUGUGGCAGAAACCAGUUUGAAUGUGACACCGGUGACCAGUGUAUUGCUGAUGAUAGGGUCUGUGACAAUUUCCCGGACUGUUCCGAUGGAAGUGACGAGUUAAACUGUCCAGCAGAGAUAACUUGCCCCGAGGGUCAGAUAGCUUGUAAUGACAAGAAGGCGUGUAUAAAUAAAAGACAACAGUGUGACGGCAUCAGGAACUGUUAUGAUGGAUCCGAUGAAGACAAGAGCAUCUGUGAAUUCCCGCCGUCGCCGUCGCCGCCAUCACCGCAAACAAAAACAACUACGGAAUCUACAACCACGAAAACCACAACAACAACGCAAACAACGACGAUUGAAGCAACAACGCCAAGCACAACAACAAUAAAAUCAACAACAACUACGACAAUCCCAACUACUACGAAUGAAAUGGAAAUGAGCGGUGAUGGUGAUGGAGAAAUUCCCGAAACUAUAGAUCAAGAAACCUGUAAAUCAUUGUAUAACAGUUGGUAUGACCCCGAUUUUCCUGGAGGAAGACCUCCGCCGUUGAGUCCAUCUGAAGAGAUUAAUAAAGAACUGUGCCAUCACCUGUUGUUUGUUGCGCAGAAAACGUGUCAGACUGGAAACAAUCAAGUCGUAGUUACACCUAAGUUGUGUGCAUAUAUAGAAAACUCUGAACUGCCUUUAAUGAGUACCAGAACAAAACGACAUAAGCAUCACAAAGAUAAAGUCACUGACGAUGAAGAAAUCAUUCAUAUAAUGAAAGAUGAACCUUUUAGAGACAUAGAUAACAUUGAGGAAAUAUCUGACAUUUCAUUUCUAGAAUUAGACAAGGAUCGUAUUAUUAAGCGUGAACGGUAUGUAGAAAUAGAGCCUAAGCCUCAGGCAGCUACCAGUGUGAACCGCUCUGCAGCGCUGUUUUAUACGCCACUGUCAUUAUGUCUUGCAGUCGUAAGCUGUUUUGUUUUGGCGAAUAUAUGAAAAUUUUGAAAAUAUUCCAGAAUUUUGCAAUAUUUUCUGCUGAAGUGUCUUUGUAUUAGUCAAUACAGUAUAUAAAACGUUUUGAAAAUAUGCUAGUAUUUGCAAUAUUUUCUACUGUUUCAUUAUGUAUUGCAGUCGUUUAGUGUUUUGUUUUUUGGUGAAUAUGUGAAAGUUUUGAAAUUAUGAUUGAAUUUGGCAAAACUGAAAAUGCUGUAUUGAAAAUGUGCAGAUAGUUUUGCAAUAUUUUUUAUUUUGUUGUUUAUUUGCUUUUUUGUAAUGAUGAAUGCAAAACAUGCCAAAAAUGUUGUUUUAUUUUUUCUUGCUGUUUUAUGUCAAUGAAUAUUAUCAAACUUUUGAAAAUGUGCAAGAAAAAAAAGCAACGAUUUCUUCUGGUUUGUAGAGGUACAGAUAUAAAACGUUUUGAAGAUGUGCCAAAAAAGGCAAUAUUUUCUUUACAUAAGUAUUAGUACAUAAUUAACGCUAGUGAUUGAAUAAAAAGAAGAUGUCAGAAAAAAGAAAUAUAUGUUUGUUCAUCUAUUAUGGAUGCUAUGAAACGAUAUAGUUAUAGUGCAAGAACAAGCACACUUUUGUUUUGGUUUAUAUUACAGAAUACAAUUAAUAUGAAACUUAGGAAAACAUGUAAAAUGUGUAUCAAUUUUGUUAUUUUUAAAUGAAAAUCCUUGAACAUUUGGAAGUGUUUAAAGAAAAUCUAUAUUUUGUGCUAUCCUAUAUGAAAUGAUUUAUUAAAUAUAUCGCAAGCGUUUUUUUUGCCGAUUAUAUGCACAUUAUCAUUGAAACAUUUAGUGAUGUACAAGAAAAAGGCGUUUUUUUCUGCCGAUUUUUUUCAUAUAAAUGAAGAUAUGCAAGGUGAAAAUUCUAACUGCUGCUAUGUUGUUGUGUAUG